GCCGUUAGGCAGCAGCAGCAGCAGCAGCAGCUCCUCUCUCACCUCCAGCUCCUCUCUUCUGCUCUCUCCUCUCUCCGCGUGUCGUCCUGGGACUUUGCUGUUACUCUCACACAGUUCUGUUUCACUCCGCUUGAAACAUUUCCUUGCAUGGGAGACCUCACGGCUUUAAAAAUGAGCACUCUGCGGACGUGUAAGGAGCCCUUUGACAGAACCAGCUCCGAACCUGUGGAGGACACAGACACCACCAGCUUUGUGGCAGAAUUUUCCUUGGAGGCCAAUUAUCCAGUGCAAGUGGCAGAUCCUCAUGCAGAUGCUGUGACACUACACCUGAGCUCCAUGCCCUCUGGAUACCUGAAUCCCUCCUCAGACAGAAUAAGACAGCCAGUUGAAGACGUGGAAGAAUGUACCUGCCCAACAUCUACAUCACCUGAUUACCCCAAAGAGCUACAGCUGCUGAACAGCCCCUGUGAAAAGUGCUGCUACCCAGCACCUCCUCCCAAGAUCAGUGACCUCAUGAAUGACAAAGAUCUCCUGGACUUACUACGUCUCAAACUGGAUCCGAACCACUGCACUAUCAAAAACUGGAAGAACUUUGCAAGUCGCUGGGGAAUGAGCUACGAUGAACUGACCCUGCUGGAGCACCGGACCCAGGGCUCUCUGUCCCACAGCCCCACCCAGGAGUUCCUGCUGCGAUACAACCAGAAAACCGUCACUGAGCUCACUGAACUUUGCCGCAUCUACCAGCGCAUUGAUGUACUCAGAGUGCUGCAGAGCUGGAUAGAGAAGGACUGGCCGUCAAGGUGGCAACAGACUCAUUGACCGGUUUCACUCCGUAUAUUUAUCCUGUCUCUGUAUUUUCUUUUUCUUUCAGGGUUGUAUUUGUUGGGAAUUUCUGCCUUUUCAUGAGCUUUGAUAUACAGUAUGUUACUCAAUUUCAGUUAGAAAAAAAACAAAACUUAGUAGGUUGGGUUCGGGCUUGUUUGGAAUGGUAAAAACCCUGGGUCAGGCUUGCGUUUCAACUGGGAACAGUAACUUCACUUGGUAGUACCGGUGCGACGACAACGAACAACGACAUUGAACACAACACAACAUACAACCAUGGAGGACAUCCAGCAGCUCUUUUUUUCCUGCUCGGUUUGUGACCGUUUGUCUCCACAAGAUGUCGAGCUUUGUAUGAGAAUAGACUGCGGACGUUUGCCUCAACUUCCGUGGGAUAUUUACAGCGGUUGUAAGGGGGUGACGGUUUUCUGUCACCUAAUCAGCUGACUACUGUGGGCGGAGCUGGUCUAGCAAGGGAAUAUUGAACAGUAGGUGCCGGUAAUUGCUAAUGGAAACACAAAAAAACCAAACCACACCAAACUGAACCGUUCCACAAGGUUGAAACACGGCUUUAGAGUCAGACGUGUUCACAGCAGUAGUAGAAUUUCUGGAGGAUUGAACUGAGGGGAGGAGUCUGCCUUCAGCAUGUAGGAGAUGGGACACUCUCUGAAGAUCAUCCAGAGCUUCUCCUGCUGCAUCCUUACAUGAAUUCAGAGAUUAGACUCAGGAGCUGGCAGGAGAAUGUUUGGAGUGUUUGUGUUUGCACAUACAGCCCCUCCAGACAAUCUCCAGAGAAUGUCCAGACUUGACUGUGUGUCUGGAAGCAGCUAAACCGUGUAAAAGAAGAGAAAACUGUAUUAGAGGUGCACCAUUUCAACAAACCCCCAUUUUAGUCUGGGUCAUGGUUUUGGUUCAGUUUGUUUGGCUCAUUCAGAAGAAGAAAACUACCACUUCCUUUUUAUAAUAUUGUUUUUGGAAUAUUGUUUAAAACGAUCAGUCAUGUGUGAAAAAUAAAACUAUGUCAAUUUUUCCUCUAUUACAAAUUCAUAUUUUCAUUUCAAACACAAAAGGUGAUGUAUGUAAAACUUGUACAAUGGCCUUAAGCAUUUAAAUCGGUGACUGCCAUCCCAGUUGAAAACAUUGUAGAGCAUGGUUGCCGAACACAGACGGAGCAGCACUGUGUUUAGACACACAUCCGCGUAGAUAACAUCAUAUAGAUCAAGGUGGUUAUUUUGUGCUCUGAGCAGCAGCGGAGAAUCAUCACACGGUGAGAGAAUGAUACGAGAGACGAUAAUAUGAACAGACUGUAAAAAUGUGUGUGUUAGCUAACUGUGGCUGAAACUCACCAUUUUCCUUCCAAGUCCGGGAAUAAAGUAUUGCAUCUGUCUUCAACUUCA